GGCAAUACCAGGCUUCAUCACUGUGCAUUAAGUUUUAGUAGUCAAUGAGAUCAAAACCAGUGCAUUUAAGAUGAGUCCAGAAUUUACAAUGGUCACACAAAAUUCCAUUUUGGUUAGUUUUCACAGUGUUACUACAGACACUACACAGAAACCUAACAAGUAUAGAUUAAAAAAGAAAAACCAAAAACAAACGAACAAAACAAGAGACAAAGAAAAUUAAGGAGUUGGGAACCCUAUAUGGAUUUUACACAAAUCAGUGGGUAAUAAUUUGUGAUUGAUGUGAUGAUGUGAUUACAUAUAAUACUGUGAUUCAAACUAGCUCCGAUGGGAUAUGUAUUUUGAGAUUACACCAAAAUCCUUACAAGUUCAUGAAGGAAAUUUAAUGGAGUCAAGUUGUUCAGACCACAGGGCCAUUCCUGGCAGUGUUAAAGCAAUCCCGUCAGACAGAAUAGAGAGGGGCAGUGUAGACCAAUCAGGAGGUCAUUUCUGACGGAACUACAUGUAUCCUUAUUGGAAGCUGUGAAAAGGGGGUGUACACUCGGGUUCAAGGUCAAUCCUGUCGAGGCUGAUCUGUCCGGAAGGCGGAGAAGUGGAGAAUAUUCCAAGCUUGAGGUCAUUCUUGAUGCAAGUGUCCCAGAUGGAGGGUUUGCGAUGGAAGAAUGUACAGUUGGCCGCUGAUAUAUAACUCCCCGUUACGAAACAGGUUUUUGCCUGCCUGAUAGGCUUUGAGCAUGAUGUCUUUUAGGCUUCUCUUCUUUGCCACAUCAGCAGCUGGAAGGUUUUCCAUAAUGUAGAUACUGCAGUUGGCGAGUGAGGAUUGCCCUUUAGUAGAACUGCUUGGCUUUUAGGUCUGUAGAGAAAUUCAGCAAGAAUGUACUGGGGUUUACCAUCAGACAAGUUGAAGAUCGUCCAGAUCGAUGGGCAUUUUCAAUUUCGGGUUCAAGGCCACAUUUGUUCGAAAAAAUUUGCUUGAUCUUCUCGUAUGGGUAGACAGGUGAUUCAUGUGGCAGUUCUGGAAUGUUGUCAAAUCUUAGAUUAAAACUUCUACAGUAACGCUCCAUUCGUAGCGGGUUAUCUUCCAGUUGGUCGAUCUUUGCCUGUGCUUCAUCAAGGUUUGUCGCCAUAUUUGUUGCCAGCUCGGUGUUCUUGACCUUCAAUUCUUCGACGGAUUGAGCAUUGAAAGUAAUUGAUUCUUCCACCUUUGUAUGUUGAGACUCAAUGGCAUCCAUCCUCUGGAGCAAAGACUGUUGAUUUGAAAUCACCAGGUCCCGUUUACCUUGAAUUCGCCUUUCAAGAAGAUUAGUCUUUCAGAGGGGGAAACCAGGCCAUCUGGUGUACCUCCGUGGUGCACUUGUCAUAGUUACAUUAACUGCGUGCUUAACAAAUUGAUGCUAUAGCCCAACCACUGAUAUGUGUUAAUACUUAGGACUAGAGCGUUAUCUGUCUGCUUGUCACUGUAAGAUGUAUUUAGACAAUUCUUGACACUUGACUUGGCAAAAUCCUCCAAUUUCAAUAUGAUUUUACACACACUCUACGUGUAGUAGUGUGAGGACUAAAAUUUAAAUUUUGAAUUAGUUUGAGUAUUUGAAUAACCUUGUAUUUGCUUUUUGAUUCAACUUUUCUGAUUUUAACAUAGUGGGUUUGUUGCAGCUCUACAUCCUAGUGAGAUAGGGUUAAUCAGGCAAACACACGCUACUUGCUGUGGCCCAAACAUAUCCCAUUUUCAUGUUAUUGUAAAAUGUAAUUGCGUCAAUUAUUUUGAAGGCAGACACUCUAGUUUCAAUAUCUACUGCUUAUUGUCUCCAUGAAGCCGUUGCAAACACAAAUUACCCAAAAUCAUUGACAUUUCUGCACAACUUUUUGGUACCCUGAAGCAUUGAAGACAAAACAGCCCAGCCACUUUUGCUUAGAAUUCAGGUUGGAGUUACCAGUUACAAGUCAAAAUGAAGAACACUAAAGGAAUCUUUUCAUCAAGAACAGGUAUGUUUGCUAAAAAUUUUUACCUCUGUGUUGACAACCUCGCACCUGACGUGGCUCGCAAGACCCGUAUCCUGGAUGUUGUCUACAAUGCCAGCAACAUUGAGCUGGUGCGUACCAAGACUCUGGUGAAGAGUGCCAUUGUGCUGGUUGACUCCACCCCAUUCAGGCAGUGGUAUGAGGCACACUACGCCCUCCCCUUGGCCCAUAAAGGGACUUGCAUUACGUCCAGACCUGGACAGUGUGGGCGAGCUGACAGUUACAUCCUGGAGGGCAAGGAACUUGAUUUCUACCUCCGAAAGAUCAAGUCCAAGAAGGGAAAGUAAGCAAGUAAACAACUGCACCAUUACAAUAAAACAGAAAAGACAGCAACAUGACUUCGGAUAUGUACAAAACAAGGCCACCUGACAGAGUUUAAUUCUAGAUUCCAGUUUCAUAACAGUUGCUUUUCGUAACGGUUUGCAUUGUUUUGUGAAGAAAUAAAACACCUCUAUAUAGAUCA